AUGGCGCUGGACGCACAGAUUAACAAUACACUCCUGAUUCAAUCUCUAAAGGCGCAGAUUGACGUUCGCCAAUCCAUGUAUGAGUUCUGCAAACUCCUGAUGGAGGAAAACGGCGCAAGCACGAAGGAGCAACUCGACUUUGAAUGCGUCUGGGCAGACGCAAGUCUGAUGCACACCAGAGCCGUAAACCCUGCGCAUUCCACUUGGAGAGUGAUCAGGGACGGGCACGCCAAGUCCAGCAAAGAUUUGAAGGCAGUUACUGGUGAAAUGCACGCAUGCCCCGUCGGGAUGGGUGUCUUGUACGAUACUGACGAGGAUCAAUUUCUGCUUCCGACAGGCAAGAGUGAACUGGUAAACUAG